GAGAGAGAGAAAGGGGCUUUCACGAACAACAAUUGCGGCUCUUGUCCAGUCUGGCCCGGGAAAACGAUUGACUCUGGAUUAAACAACCUAUCGCCUCAUUUUUGGACAUACGUGGUUGUUUCUUUUUUGUCAACCCCCCUCUCCUUCAGCUUCUUUUUCUUCUCCCCCCUUCCUUCCGGAUGUCAUUCCAGGGCUGGCGAUUCUCGUGGAAGGAGGCUCCAUUGACCUCUCUUUCUCGCCUCCCCCUCCUUCCCUUCCCUUGCUCCGGAUAACUGGUGCGGGGAACCAAAUCGCCUCAGAGCAGGCGUCUCUCUCCUCCUCCUCCUCCUCCCCGCCGCCUUCACGGAUGCUCCCUUUUUGAACCCAGGGCUCGGGGCUCUGGAAGUUCCCCCUCCGCCUUUACCUGCAUUGGGACGGCGAGGGAAGCAGCCUGGCUUCUCCCGGCCGCUGCAGCCCUCCUCCUCCUCCUCCUCCUCCUCUUUCCUCCUCCUCCAACCCAGGCAGCCAGCAGGGGAAAGGCAGGUAAGGCCGGGCACGCGCAGGCCCACAGGCGCGGCCCCGCUUCCUGGCUCGCUCGCUCCCGCUUCCUCGGGCGCGCACCCCCAACUGCAGAGGAGGCGAAAGCAAACUUGGGACUCGGGUGUCGCGUGCGGCGCGCGUGUGUGUGUGGCUUGCUGGGUGCCUUUCUGCCCUCCGCUGCUUUCCGAGGAAGCUCUCCUGCAGCUGUUGGACCUGGGGGGCGGGGGGGGGGGCCUCUGGGACUAAUGACCUUGCGCAGAGUUAAAGGGGUCUGGUUCUUUUCCCUUUCCCCUCCUCUCGCUUAAGAAGCCGCCUCUUCGCCUCAAAAGGCACUGAAUCUCCUCAGAGACCAUCUGGGGACGUCGGGUUUGGGCGCGAUCCCCGAAGAGAGGACCGCUCUGGAAAUAGGAAGGAAAGAGGGAGACAGGGAUCCCCCCAAGGGAUCCAGCUGCCCCAGCCUUGGAGAGGGGCUGCUUUGGUGGGGUGAUCGCGGAGCUAUAGAUAUAUUUUUGCUUCCAUCUCUGGCUGAGAGGAUUUGGAGCCAGCCUUGCCUCCCCCUCCCCUCCCCUCCCUCUGCCUUCCCCUCCCGCUCCGCCGGACCCCAGCGCUCUCUGAAUGAAGCCAUUGACAUCCCCCCAGCCCACCCCUUCCUCGGCGGGGCUCUGCGGAGGGGAGCCCGGGAAAGAGCGGAUCCUACGCCGCUGAGAGCCAGAUUUGGACUGGACUGGAUUGGACUGGACUAGCCCAAAAGGGGACUUGGGCGACGAAGGGAGAAAACCUCGCAGCCCAUCUCUCUCCGCUGCUGCUCUGCUUGCUUUUCUUGCAAACCUUGCAAAGUGAUUACAGUGCCAUCCAAGGAGGAGGAGGAGGAGGAGGCGGCGAAGGAGGAGGAGGAAGAGGCGGAACUGCCCCCUCCUUCCCGCCACCAGCCUCUCUGCCGCGAUGAAGCUUUCGCAAAGCCAAAGCCGCUUGCCCCGUGAACUGUGAGCCUGGGAAGGCGAGGCGAAAGGGAGGAAGAAGAGCCGCUGCCAAGCUGACAGCCCCCCUCCCUUCCUAGCUCUCUUUCCUUCCCUUCUUGGACUUUCUCAGCUAGGAUGAUCCGCGAAGUUUUCUCCCUCCAAGAGCAUCCGGAUUGUACCCCUUGAUCUCUGCCCAGAGGCCGGGCCUUGGGGCUUUUGCUUUCUCCUUUGCUUUGGCUCGGGCUGGGCAGCGGACGGCGGCGGCGGCGGCGGGGCUGCGGAGGAUGGGAAAGAUGCGGGCCUGUUUGGGGGGGCUCUGGCUGCUGCUGCUGCUGGUGCUGCUGAGCCCGGCGUGGGCGAAGCAGGUGCUGCGUUACCGGCUGGCCGAGGAGGGCCCGGCUGACAUCCGGAUCGGCAACGUGGCUUCGGACCUGGGCAUCGUGACCGGCUCGGGCGAGGUGACGUUCAGCCUGGAGUCCGGCUCCGACUACCUCAAGAUCGACAACAUGACCGGCGAGCUGAGCACCACCGAGCGCCGCAUCGACCGGGAGAAGCUGCCGCAGUGCCAGAUGAUCUUCGACGAGAACGAGUGCUUCCUGGACUUCGAGGUCUCCGUCAUCGGGCCCUCGCAGAGCUGGGUGGACCUCUUCGAAGGCCGGGUCAUCAUCCUGGACAUCAACGACAACACCCCCACCUUCCCCUCCCCGGUCCUCACUCUCACCGUCGAGGAGAACCGCCCCGUCGGCACCCUCUACCUCCUGCCCACCGCCACCGACCGAGACUUCGGCAGGAACGGCAUCGAGCGCUACGAGCUGCUCCAGGAGCCCAGCGCCGGAGGGGGCCCUGAGGGCAGCAGAAGGGGAGGCGGAGGGCAGCUAGGGGGCAGCGGAUCGCCUUCCUCUUCCUCCUCCUCCGCCGCCGAGAGCGCCCCCUUCCCCAAGAGGCGGCAGGAGGCGGACGGCGCGGCCCGGAGCACCGUCUUCGAGCUGCAGGUGGCGGACACUCCCGACGGGGAGAAGCAGCCCCAGCUGAUCGUCAAAGGGGCGCUGGACCGGGAGCAGCGCGACUCCUAUGAGCUGAGCCUGCGGGUGCGGGACGGAGGGGACCCUGCGCGCUCCUCGCAGGCCAUCCUCCGGGUGCUGAUCACCGACGUCAACGACAACAGCCCCCGCUUCGAGAAGAGCGUCUACGAGGCCGACCUGGCAGAGAACAGCAGCCCUGGGACCCCGAUCCUCCAGCUGCGGGCCGCUGACGCCGACGUCGGGGUGAACGGGCAGAUCGAGUACGUCUUCGGGGCAGCCACCGAGUCAGUGCGCCGUCUGCUGCGUCUGGAUGAGUCCUCCGGUUGGCUGAGCGUCCUCCACCGCAUCGACCGCGAGGAGGUCAACCAGCUGCGCUUCAGCGUCACCGCCCGGGACCGGGGCCAGCCCCCCAAGAGCGACAAGGCCACGGUGGUGCUCAACAUCCGCGACGAGAACGACAACGUGCCGGCCAUCGACAUCCGCAAGAUCGGGCGGAUCCCGCUGCGCGACGGGGUGGCCAGCGUGGCCGAGGACGUGCUGGUGGACACCCCGGUGGCCCUGGUGCAGGUCUCGGACCGGGACCAGGGCGAGAACGGGGUGGUGACCUGCACGGUGGUGGGCGACGUGCCCUUCCAGCUCAAGCCGGCCAGCGAGGGCGAGGGAGAGCCCCAGAACAAGCGCAAGUACUUCCUCCACACCUCAGCGCCCCUCGACUACGAGGCCGUCCGUGACUACAACGUGGUCAUCGUGGCCGUCGACUCCGGCAGCCCCAGUCUCUCCAGCAACAACUCCCUGCUGGUCCGGGUGGGAGACACCAACGACAACCCGCCCGUCUUCGCCCAGGCCCUGCUGGAGGUCUCCUUCCCCGAGAACAACGCCCCGGGGGAGCGGGUGGCCACCGUCCUGGCCACCGACGCCGACAGCGGCAAGAACGCCGAGAUCACCUACUCCCUGGAGCCCUCGCCCUUGGCCUCCUCCUCGGGCUCCGAGGCCCCCUUGGGCCUCUUCACCAUCGACCCGGACUCCGGCGACGUGCGAGUGCAAGCCGUGCUGGACCGGGAGCAGAGGGACAGCUACGAGUUCACGGUGACGGCGCGGGACAAGGGCCUGCCCUCCUUGCAGGGCUCCACCGCCGUCUUGGUGCGGGUGGCCGACCGCAACGACAACGAGCCCCGCUUCAUGCAGGACGUCUUCACCUUCUACGUCAAGGAGAACCUGCAGCCCAACAGCCCCGUGGGCAUGGUCACCGUCAUGGACGCCGACAAGGGCCGCAACGCCCAGCUCAGCCUCUCCAUCCAGAGCCCCUCGGAGGCCGCCUCCAGCCACCCCAGCGGCCCCGGCAUCUUCUCCAUCGAGAACGACACCGGCACCAUCUACUCGACGGUCUCCUUCGACCGGGAGCUGCAGACCAGCUACACCUUCACGGUGAAGGCGGUGGACGGCGGGGAGCCGCCUCGCUCGGCCACGGCCACCGUCUCGCUCUUCGUCAUGGACGAGAAUGACAACGCGCCGGUGGUGCGGGCCCCGGGCAACGCCUCCUACACGGUGCUGCCCCCCUCGAGCGGGCCCCGGUCGGUGGUGGCGGCGGUGGAGGCCCGGGACGCCGACGCUGGGCCCAACGCCGAGCUGAGCUUCCGGCUGGUGGGGGGCAACCCCUACAAGCUCUUCGAGAUCGACCCCUCCAGCGGGGUGGUCUCCCUGGUGGGCAAGCUGGGCCCCAAGCACCAGGGCCUCCACCGGCUGGUGGUGCAGGUCAACGACAGCGGGCAGCCGGCCCAGUCCACCACGGCGCUGCUCCACGUCUUCGUCAACGAGAGCCUGGCCAACGCCUCGGCCGUCGAGAGCCAGGUGGCCCGCAGCCUCCACACGCCCCUGGCCCGAGACAUCGCCGGAGACCCCAGCUACGAGCUCAGCAAGCAGCGCCUCAGCAUCCUGGUGGGAGUGGUGGCCGGCGUGGUCACCGUGGUCCUCCUCAUCGCCGUCGUCGGACUGGCCCGCUACUGCCGCACCCGGGGCAAGCACGGCGGCUACGAGGCCGGCAAGAAGGACCCGCAGGACUUCUUCACCCCGCAGCCCCACCACCACCAUCACGACAAGGCCAAGAAGCCCAAGAAGGACCCCCGGCACAAGGGCAAGAAGGGCGCCGGCAAGGCCCCCGAGCCCCUCUACAGCAGCAUCGUCACCGUCGAGGCCCCCAAGCCCGCCAACGGGCCCCACCACCCGCGCUACGACGAGAAGCUGGACGGAGACAGCCCCGCCCUCAGCCGCUACCGCGCCGUCAACGGCGGGCCCGCCAGCCCCGACCUGGCCCGACACUACAAGUCCAGCUCCCCGCUGCCCACCGUCCAGCUUCACCCGCACUCGCCCACCGCCGGCAAGAAGCACCAGGCCGUCCAGGAGCUGCCCCCGGCCAACACCUUCGUCGGCGCCGGGGACAACAUCUCCAUCGGCUCCGACCACUGCUCCGAGUACAGCUGUCAGGCCGGCAGCAAGUACAGCAAGCAGGUGGAUACAAAGCAGACUACGCAGCCCCCUGGCCACAUUGAGGAAUCGUGUAAAAUGAAUGUAUGUGCUCGUAAGUGAAAUAUUUAUGAAUGAAGCUCCAACUCUUAGUGUAUGUUGGAUCAUAAAAAGACACGGGACCUCUGUUCAAGAAUGUCAUGCUAAGAAAUCGAUUCCCAAGAGGUGGGGUCCCUGCAAGGCCCAACAGACAUUUAAAGCAAAAGCUCAUUAUUUUUCAAACAAACUUAUGAAUCAUUCUUAUUUUUUUAAGAAUAUAUAUAUAUAUAUAUGUCGAAAUGAGAAAUUCCAGUUACCUGUUGGAAUGAUGGGAAAAUCAGUGAACUGGUUCAAGAAAUCCAAAGGGAUGUGAGAAAGGUUUUUAUAUAUAUAUAAGAUGAAAUAGUCAACAAUGGACAAACAGCAUCUCAUGCCGUCUUAUAUAGGAUUAUGGACUGGAGAGGAAGACAUAUCUCCCCUUUCAAUCUGCCUCUGAGAAGACUAGUAUGCUGUCAAAAAUUUCAUCUGAUUAAUGUUUUAGUUAGUAACUAGUGAAGGACACAAGGAUGGAAUUUAAAAUGCUUAAAAUAAGAAAUGAGCUGUGCUGUGCAGGUUUUACACAAAUCCCUUAAGCAUGUGCUAGAUCAACAAAGAAAUGGUAUCUAUACCUCAAAAGUGACCGAAAAAAAAAUCAGAAGAAAUGCCAACGUUUAGAAAUAUUUGUGGGAAAAGUAUGGAUCGGACACUCUUGGUACUCUGAGUAGCAUGAUAAAGGUUCUGUAUGGGAAAUAGAACAAACAAUCUGUUAAUUUCCCUGUCAUAAAAACAACAACCAAGUAGUGGUCUGCUGAAAUAUAUGUAUUUUAAAAGGUGUCAUUGUUAACUCUUGGCCUAUUUAUGAAGUUAGGAAGGUUGCAGUCAUUGGAAUAAAAAAUGGCCUUUCAUACUUGGAACUUUGUUUUUAACAGAGAGGGUCUCAGUUUAAAUAAAAUGGAAUCUGCAUGAUACAGACAACCUCUUUGCAUUUCUAGUCCUUCUUAGUCUUUAAUAUAUCAUAACAACUGAAAGAUAUUUUUUGUAGCCAAAAGUUCAAAAACAUGUUGAACAUACAUGAAAGUUAGACAUAUUGGGUUAGAUUUAAAGAAUGUUGUUGCAGAACGGGGCUCACAGAACUCAAUUUUCCAGACUUCUCUUCUCUUUGGAAAUCUCCACCACCACCUCCAAGGAAUACUUGAUGAAUGGAGGGAGACCAGGGCUGAGAAGGGAAGCAUCUUUCACAAUUUAACUCCUACUUUUGGAAGUACCACCACCUAAUUCCCUUCUCCCACUGUGCCCUCCAUAUCAUACAUAGAAAACUUUAUUCUGCAAAGUUCUGUGACCUUCAACAGAGGCUUUGAGAGUAUUGCUGUGAGAGAAGGUCAUGGGAAAGCAACUUCCCCCAGCCCCAUUAGGCAAUCUUUUCUCUAGAUCUAACCCCAGGAUGAUGGAAAGAGGCAUAGGAUUCUGUUUCCAAAAAAUGGUCUCAUCCAGACCAACCAUUUCCAUCGUCUGUGUGGGAUGCAGGAACAGACCAUUAGUGAAUGUUUUACGUAUUUAUUUUUCUUUUGAAAUCUUUGCUUUCCCAUAAACUGUACUUUUACCCUAUUGAGAUUGCUGGUUUAUAUCUGGUAUAUUUACAUGAGGAUAUCAUGUAAUUGGGUUCAUUAAUGAAUUGUGUACUUGACUUCACGGUAUGCCUUUUCUGAUACUCGAAAUCCAGUGCUGAAGAUCACACUCUGAGGGUACAAUCAUGUCAACGUUGAGUACUUUUAACUCCUAUUGAUUUCAGUGAGAGGAGUUAAAGCAUGUACUUAACUCCCCAAAUGAAGGCACUAGAACUUAAAAGUGCUUAGGUUUGGUUUGAUAAUCCCCUUACUGUCUGAUUGCUAUGCAUUCUUUUUUCUUUGUAGAAAAUUUCACAUAUUCUUGACUAUUUUUUUAAGUGUGGUCUGUCCACUUUUGUAUUCAUUCUCAGGUGGUGGAAUCUAUAAGGCAGAAGUGUUGACCACUUGUACUAUGAAUAUAUUAUCAAACUUGAGAAACUGUACACUUCUACUGUAUUGAUUUCCUCCUCUGUUCAUCAAA